AUGGGCUCACCACUUGGCCCGUCUUUCGAAAAUGAUUUUAUGGGCAAGACUGAGAAAACGAGUCUAAAGGAGAGCAUCAAUGACCUCGAAUUUUACGGUCGACACGUGGAUGAUCUCUUCUGUCUGACAGAAUAUAGCACAGACAUCGAGGCCACGGUCAGAAAGUUUAACAGUGCGUAUCCAUCGCUGAGGUUUUCAGCAGAGGCUAAAGCAGCUAAUGAAAUUGCCUUCUUUGAUGUCCUUCUAAGAAUGCAAAGGGGUGGAUCUAUCCAGCGUAGGCAUGGCCUAAAUGCUGACAAGUCCAGUCUUCUCAAGGACUUCCGUCUCGGGAUCGUGUCCUGCCACGUCAACUUCAGUAUUCGUGGAGACGAUCCAAGUCUCCGCUCCGUGGAGGAGGGUUAUGAGGAAGCCGGCCUUGUAAAUCUUCAGUUUCGUGGACAACUGGAGAUCGUGACGGCUCCACGUGGAGGCUUGAAGCCGGCCGAAGGCUUGACUGGCUUUGGAUAUCCGACAAGCAAUCUGGCCGUCAAUUCUGGUGUUGCGGGAUAG